GCCAGCGAGCAGAAACGCGACCAGCGACAACGGCCAAGGGUUCGAGGCUUCCAGCUUUGCAAGUUACCCCGUGUGUAGGAAAACGAAAUUAUCAAAAAUGAAGCAGCUGUACAGUGUUCUUGUCCUGGCCCUCGUCAUCGUUGGCCUAGCGGCGGCAUAUCCUGCCCCAGAGGAGCAGCAGCAACCGUCGGAGGUGAGCGCCCAGCCAGCAGGACCUGUGGAAGUGACCCAGUUGGUGCCAGUUGCGGAAGGUCCUGAGUCCGUCUCGAACGAGGACGUACAACGUUCAAAGCGUCACCUUGGAUUCGGUGGAGUCGGCAUCGGUGUUGGAGUCGGGCUGGUUGGAGGUGGUUUCGGAGGUUAUCCCGGAUUCGGAUACGGAGGCUACCCCGGAUACGGCUACGGUGGAUUCUAUCCCGGCUAUGGAUAUGGAGGAUACCGACGAUUUGGUUACCGGUACGGUGGAUACGGUUAUGGCGGUGGUUUGGGAUAUCCGUACUUCUUCUAAGCUACCCCCUUACCCCCUUGAAGUGACCUCAAAUGACAGCCAAAAACAAAA